CGACAGUCGCAUUUGGAUGGGGAAGCAUUGCGGGAUAUCUUUGCAAUCGCUUGUUUUUCUCCCGGCUGCUUGGAUAUGCUAUACUAUUUGCUCUUUACCUGGGUGUUAGACGCCAUUGUGUGUGUGUGAAUCGGAGGGGUUGGGAGUCAUGCUCAGGUUUACUCAAAUUACCAAGUGAACCCCUCUCAGAUUCCUCACCGCCAAGAAGUCUGGAUGAUCAUUCGUCCCCGCAAUUCUGACCUCCAAACCUUCCAUUCCUGAACCUUAACCUCCGUCUUGAACACUCCGACGUCCAUCCCCAUCCCCGUUGCAGCCAACAUCAUCCACACAGCAAGGCAGACCCACCCUCAUCGCCAUGGAACAGCCCCGCGUGCUCCUGAUCUCGCUGAACCUCGAGUCCUGGUUCGACGAGAUGUACAAGCCGCACCUGGACAAGCUUCGCGCCAAGGCCCGAAUCCAGCGCGCCAAAACCGCCCGCACCGCCCUCCGCGAGCUCUCUUCAUCAUCAUCAUCGUCUUCUUCUUCUUCCACGGAACACCCCCCGCCCGCCGCCGUGCUCAUCACGGACGCCGCCCUCGCCGACCCCGCCGCCGGCGAGCACGCCGCCGUCCUCGACGCCGUGCUGCAGUACGUGCGCCGCGGCGGCACCGCCGUCUGCCUCGCGCACUUCCCCAGCUUCGUGGCCCCGCCCGACAUGCAGCCCUUCUUCCGCCGCGCCGGCCUGCCCUGGGAGGCCGGCGCCUACGAGCGCACCACCUUCGCGCUCAACCGCGCCGCAGUGGGCGCGAGCUUAGCGGACAGGCUCCCCGCGCGGUACAGCAUGAAGGCGCUGGCGGUGGCGAACGUCGCGCCGGAGCAGGCGUGGUAUUGCACGGAUGAGCAGUCGGUGCUGGAGUCGUUGGUUUGGGGCCCCGAGCCGGUGCGGCGGCCUGGUCAGGCGCCCGUUGCGGUGGGGAGGGUUGGGGAGGGCAGGCUGGCUUAUGUUGGGGAUGUGAAUGUCGAGGAGGGGACCGGGGAGGUGAUUCUGGCGUUGUGUGGUCUUUUGUGAAGGGGUUGAGCUCCGGCAGGAUGUUGAUGUUGGGGAGCGGGCGAUCUGCGUGUUUCGGCGGGUUGGAAGGCAUUCGAGCUACGGAUAGCAUCAUCUUCAAAAGAGGACAUC